AUGUCACCGACACUUGCCUCUGCUCUGGAGAAGCUUGCGUCGUACAGGACAAAUAACACAAGAGCGUCUCAAGAGAUAUUUGAAUCCGGGUGUAUAAUCUUGAAAUCUGGCUCGUCGACGAAUCUAGGAGAGGAAGGAUGGGCUUUCCUGGAACAGCUUGCGCUGGCUGCAUUGGAUGUAGGCCGGAUAGACGUCGCUGACCAAUGCCUCCGUCAACUCUCCGACAAGUUCCCCGAGUCCCCGCGGGUGGAUGUGUUGUCGGGUAUAAGGAUGGAAGCCACCGAGCCACCGAGUACGGUGCUUCAGUUCUAUGACGAGCUGUUGAAAGCUGAUCCUGCAAAUGCGGCAAUCUGGAAACGCCGGAUAUCAGUUCUGAGACGUACAGGAAAGAUACAAGAUGCCGUAGAAGAGCUAACACAGUUCCUCGAUACGUUCUACACAGACCUUGAAGGCUGGCUGGAGCUCGCAGACAUAUACACGUCAUGUAAUCAGUUCACCUUGGCCCUUCAAUCCCUCUCACACGCCCUCCUCCUAAACGCACAAAACCCUUUCACCUACCUCCAAUUCGCCGAGACAGCCUACACAGCAGGGGACAUUCCCUUGGCUCUGAAGAUGUUCCUCAUUGUGAUCGACAUGACCGAGAGCGACGUCCCUGAUUCAAGUGACAGACCACCUUCAGGGAUAUCGAUCCGAGCUUGGUGGGGCACGAAAUUGUGCACCAGACACUUGGUGUCAAACCCUAGCAGCAGCUCCGCCUCGGACACACUGGUACCGAAGAAGAUCAAGCUCAUUGAUGAACUGGCGACGGAGAGGGUGUUGGCUGCGUACCAGGGCGAACAGGGUGCAGAUGCUCGUCAACUUGUGUCGUGUUGGAUGUCGUCUCGAAAGUAA